AUGUGGUCAGUAUUCGCUUGUUCUGUGAUCUAUAUAAUAAUAAUCACAGGUCUAUUUGCAGAAAAAAAUAAAUCUCUAGCUGAUACUCGUGCAGUAUUACCAACCAGUAUUCCAGAUAGCGAAUAUGAACAGGUGAUUGCUAGACGUUACCUAUUUGCACCAUUUGCAAAUGAAUCUACUGCUUGGCCAGUACUCACUAAUAUUCACCAUGCAAACCAAAUUGUUUCAUUGCCACAAUAUCAUGCUCAAGCUGCUGAAGGAUUCUGGUUAUUGACUGAAAGUACUAAUUCAACAGUUGAAACAUUAGAAAUGUCUUGGAUGUCUUUGUCUGACAACAAUACUUCAGUAGUUUUGCCCAAGAUUGACAUUAAGAGUUUUUUGGUUGUCUCGCACGAUAAAACUCUUGCUAUGAUUUACACAGCUGCUCUCAUCUCCUUAGAGCGUGUAAAAUUCAUCUUAUGCGAUCAACUGAAUGCAACUUCUUGUAGAAUUAUAAAAAACAUUCCUUUUCCUUCUGUCUUAGCGAAUAUUUCAAAAGUUACAGCCGGUUUGUUUAUAAAUGAUCUGGGAACAGCAGGAUGGUUAUAUAUUGCUACUGAUACAGGUUUUCAUGGAUUAGAUCUUUCGACAUUCAUUAUUCAUCCCUAUAUCAAUGAAAUUAACGUAUCCGUUUCGUCUUUGGCAUGGAGUUCACAACAUCGGACAGUUUUCAUUGGUACAGCAACUAAAUUGUGGAUUCAGUCAUAUACUGCUGUUGAUAAAGGAUGGCGUUUUGAGCACGUCACCGGGCUGAUUGAUGCACCGAUCACUUCAUUAGUAUAUAGUGAUGGACAAGAUAAGUUAUGGAUAGGACAAGAGACUGGCAUUACUCUUGUUUCACCGAUUAUCAUGUCGACAGGACGUAUUCAUUGGAUUUUUUCUAGAUUGGCGGGACAAAUCUCCAAUCCUGGAUCAGACAUUGGUCAUUUAUCAUUUGCUAAUAUUACUACUUUGGUUGUGAGCCAUUCGGCAUUACCUGACAGUCGAGUUUGGCUAGGUAGUAUUCGUGGAAUGAUGCGCUUUGAUCCCAACGAAACUGAUUUAAAUGCUUGGCGUGUAUUUAAUAGUGCCCGAUAUAUGCCUAAUCGCGAUUCAUUGGUCAAUGUAGUUUCAUUGGCUGUACUGAGCCGUGAAAUUAAGGCACCUACUGCUCUGGGCAGUACUGCGGUAGCAGUCACCAGUAAAGGCUUGGCUGUUCUUCACUUUGAAAUGUGGACGUUGGCCAAAAAAGCAGAGCAUUUUCAAGAAUUCUUCAACCAAACAGGUAGACAUGACAAAUAUAAUUUGGUAUCGGGUUGUAGUAUGUCAUUAUGGGGAGAUAGUCGUACUUGUGUCAAAGGAUCAGAUGACAAUGAUGGUCUUUGGACUUCAAUAUACUUAAGUAGUCAAAUCUUUCGCUAUAAAGUAACAAAAGAUGUAACAGUCAAAGCAUCUGCUUGGACUCAUUUUGAAGCAUUAGAACUUCUUAAUAAUGUUACAGGUAUUUCUGGUUAUCCUGCUCGCUCAUAUGCAAAACGUACUGAUUUUCCUCCUGGUCCUAAUUGGUAUUUAUCUCCUGUUUAUCCAACUCUUCAAUUCAAAGAUGAUACCUCAUCUGAUGAGGUUGUUGGACAUGAAUUUGUUUAUCCAUUAGUACAUGAUUUGUUGGCUAGUAAUGAGGAUGAGCGUCUAAGAGCUUACACGUUGCUUUUCAAUAUCACUAAUUAUAUUUUAACUCAUGACUGGUAUUUGGUAGGCCUGAAUCAUACUCAUAGGGGUGUCUGGAAUCCAACAGAUAUAACUAAUGGUACUGACCAUAUAGACGAGCGGGGCCUUGGUAGUCUCGAAAUAUUGGCUUUUUUACUUCAAACUUAUGCUUACAGUGGUGAUGAACGUUUUCUUAAUGGUGCUAAACUACUUAUUGAAUCGUAUCAAUAUGAUGUUAAUCUCCUUAAUCAAAGAAUGAUUGCAGUUUGCCAGGUUAAAUUUUGGGAUGAUGAGCUUGCUUAUUUGUCCUAUUUUAAUUUAGUCCAUGCAAUUAACACACUCACUACGACGCAUACUUUAUCCACAAUACAGAAGGAACGUACACAAUCAGUUAUUGAUAAUCUAUUGGAAUAUAUGAUGGUUGGUUUAGAUCUAGCGCAUAAAUACAAACAAAUGGAGAAAUCACCAUUCUAUAACUUCAUCUAUUGUUAUGUUACUGGCCAGGUUAAUCAAACUCGACAUCUAUUCAAUAAAAGUCGUGGAUCUUCUCCUAAAUUCGACUGCAAUUCAUUGUCAAAGGAUGGAAUAUGGUAUAUGCAACGUUGGCCAUUGGAACUUAUCAACUGGCCGCAAUAUAAUAGUGAUCGAUUGGAUGUUCAACUUAACGUACCUGCUGAAUGUGAUUGGGGGAGAGCAUAUCGUUCGUUACAAAUGUUACCUCCUGACGAACGAACCAUUGAUAUAUGGAACUAUAACGUCUACAAUUUGGAUGGUGGUGACGGAUUUUUAGAAACAGAUCCAACUGCUUUCUUAAUGAGUUAUUGGGGAAUGCGUUAUUUUAAUUUGUUAGGAGAAUGA